AUGAUACCUCUCGAUCUUGAAUCUGAGGCCCAGCCUAUACAAGAAUCCAAACCUGAGGACUUUCAGGCCUUCAAGGUUAAUUUUGAGAAGGGUGAUCCUAGAAAUCCCAAAAACUUCAGCACCAGAUACAAAAUAUGGAUUGUCUUUCAGAUGAGCUUACUCGCCAUAAAUGGAGCUCUGGGAUCAUCCAUCAUAUCUCCAGGAUCAGCACAGAUUGCCGCGUAUACGAAUAUCAGCAGUGAGCUGACAUCUCUUACAGUGGCCCUGUUUGUGCUGGGAUGGGCGUUUGGUCCAAUGAUCUGGGCAUCCAUUAGUGAAACCUAUGGCCGUCGACUUGAUAUGCUUCCUGCAGUCUUCAUCCUAGGGAUUCUCAGUGUGGGUACUGCAGUGAGCAAGAAUGCAGCAGCUAUUUUCCUUACGCGAUUCUUUGGUGGGAUCUUUGCAUCGGCACCAAUCAGCAAUGUACCUGCAGCUUUAGGAGAUAUCUUCUCUCCAGCAACAAGAGGCAAUGCCAUGACUUUUGUGACUCUUUGUAUCACAGGUGGCCCGACUAUUGGACCUAUCAUUGGUUCAGCCUUGACCUAUAACCACCAUUUAGGAUGGCGCUGGACAGAGUACAUCGAGGCCAUUAUCUCUUUUUCCCUCUUUACUCUAUGUGUAUUUUGUCUGCCAGAAACAUACCCUCCAGUCCUUUUGAAGCAGAAGGCUCAACAUCUACGCAGGGAUACAGGAGAUGGGCGCUAUUGGCAUCCUCAUGAAAAUGAAAAAAUCAAUAUACAUAACAUUGUCACUAAGCAUCUUGCUCGGCCACUACGAAUGCUGUUCACCGAGCUAAUAGUCACAAUGCUUGCUCUCUACGCCUCAUUCACCUACAGCCUGAUUUACCUGACCCUCGAACUAUUUCCGAUUGUAUUCGAAGAAGAUCGACAUUGGAGCCCGAUCAUAUCAACUCUCCCCUUCUUAUCAAUUUUAGUCGGCGUUAUCUGCGCUGUGUUUUUCAAUUUUGCAAAUCAACCGCGCUACAAGCGGGCUGUGAAAGAAAACCAAGGAAAGGCAGUACCCGAGGCACGCCUACCACCUAUUAUCAUUGGAGGGAUUUUCUUAUCCCUGGGUCUAUUUUGGUUUGGUUGGACGGCAGCUCCAAAGUACCCUUGGCCAUCGUCCGUCGUCGCCGCUGGUUUCAUCGCGGCAGGGUUCAACAUUGUUUUCCAGCAGUGUUUGAAUUUCUUGGUCGAUACAUAUGGUCCUUUUGCUGCCAGUUCAGUAUUUGCGAACACGAUAUUUCGCUCCGUUCUAGCGUGCGCGAUGCCCAUUGCUGCACGACCCAUGUUUGAGGGUUUGGGUCUCGGACCUGCAGCUAGUGUCUUGGGUGGAAUAUCUUGUUUAGCAUUACCUAUUCCCUUUCUGUUAAUGAAAUAUGGGGCAGCAUUGCGGAGUAUAUCACGAUUGAUCCCGGCAGAAGAUACGUAA